AUGCCUAAAAGUCCAAAGACUCUUUCUGCCAUGAAGGAGAAGAGUAAGAAUGCGGCUCGAUCUCGGCGGGAGAAGGAGAACGCCGAGUUUUUAGAGUUGGCUAAACUUCUGCCACUUCCAAGUGCCAUCACCUCCCAACUGGACAAGGCAUCGAUCAUACGACUGACGACGUCCUACCUGAAGAUGCGUGAGGUGUUUCCCGAAGGUCUCGGAGAUGAAUGGGGCUCACAGUACAUCCCUAACAAUCCACGAGAUAUGGCCAUCAAGGAGCUUGGAUCUCACCUUCUGCAGACGUUGGAUGGCUUCAUCUUCGUCGUCGCACCUGACGGCAAGAUCAUGUACAUCUCCGAAACGGCUUCGGUACAUCUCGGACUCAGUCAGGUAGAGUUGACGGGCAACUCCAUCUACGAGUACAUCCACAACUACGACCAGGACGAAAUGACGUCAGUGUUGUCCUUGCAACCAAACAUGUUCGUUGCGCCACCUCCCGCCGGAGCACCCCUGCCCGAUGCACCCGUUUCCGGUCCACUCCUGCCACCAACUCCUCACACCGACCCAACCGCCCAGGACUCUCCCAUUUCACCAGCUUUCCAAGGACUCCUGCAUCCAGGAGCCGCUGAUUCGCCUCCGCAAAGCCUAGGCUCGUCCAGUGCCACGAUCGCCGCAAUUGGCGGCCAACUCGGUCAAUCUGUGCCGCCCGGUUUGACGCCUGAAGAGCUGCAAUCCGCAAUGCACCAGCAGCAACACAUGCAGGGCGGCCAUUCGCCACUGGGAGUGGGAAAUCCACCCUCGUACGGAGCCACCCCCGUGUAUGGACCUCAGCAACAGCAACCCCCACCCCCACACCAUCACCACCACAGCCACUACCACCAUCACCAUCAUCACGGUUUCCGGCAACGUCAGCGAACACAGACGAUUGAAAUAGAGCGUACGUUUUUCCUUCGCAUGAAGUGCGUUUUGGCGAAACGUAACGCUGGCCUAACGACGAGUGGCUACAAGGUCAUUCAUUGCUCGGGAUACCUGAAGGCGUGCAUUUACCAGGGUGAUGCAACGUACGGAGACGGACAUAGCUGCAUCCAGAAUCUCGGUCUCGUCGCCGUCGGUCAUUCGCUGCCACCGUCCGCCAUCACGGAAAUCAAGCUGUACCAGAACAUGUUCAUGUUUCGCGCCAGCAUGGACCUGAAGCUCAUCUUCCUUGAUGCCAAGGUUGCGCAGCUUACAGGAUAUGAACCGCAGGAUCUGAUCGAGAAAACGCUUUACCAGUACGUGCACGCCGCAGACAUCCUUCACAUGCGCUAUUCGCACCAGAUCCUGAUGUAUAAAGGACAAGUUACAACCAAGUACUACCGCUUCCUUACGAAAGGUGGAGGUUGGGCUUGGGUUCAGUCAUACGCCACCGUUGUCCACAACACUCGUUCUUCGCGUCCUCACUGCAUUGUCAGUGUGAACUACGUACUGAGCAAUCAGGAAGCGCAGGACCUGUUGUUGAAUGAAGUACAGCAGCCACAACACGGUGCUGCUACGCCUCAACAUCAACCCUCACCGAGUGUAAAGCCAGAAACGAUGGCUAAGGACAGAGCUGCCAAUAUCUCAGAGCCCGCGACGGCCUUGGCGGCUACUAUGACUCCUACUUCUGGUCUAGCCUCCGGUGUGCCAUCUCACAUGUCCCCGAUUGGGGGCACGGUGGUAGGAGGGAGUGCGAGUAGCAACCGGCGGGGUAGUUCCCAAUCGUUGCAGCCCUCACACCAGACUAGCAUGUCUUACGGUUCGAUGUUGCUGGGUAAGGACUCCCUUCAACACGCUGAUCAACAUCAACAGCAGCAGCAACAACAACAGGGCGGAUUCAUUCAGCUGGCGGUGUUGGACGACGAAUCUAGUUUGGGACCUAUUCCAGGAGCUCCGUCAGCUUGCCUGGUAAGCCAUGGUGGAGGACCAGCAGGACAUGACGACUACGAGCUGCAGUUACAGUACAACUCGCAGGGAGGACCUCAACAGGAGCCGAACACUGGCAGCACCGGGUACUGUCUCAACUCCGCCCCAACUGGAGGACUACUGGAUGGAUCGACAACAGAAGGACAGGUGGGAGGAGACGGUAGUGAUGCCUUCCUUGAGCCAUAUUACGACCAGUUCUACGGAGGAUAUGACUCACGCCAGGACCCCAUCAGUCUACGUCCGUUUUCUGCCAGCUCCAACAGCUGCAGUAGUUCCGAAGGUGAAGGUGUGUUGGGACAACACGCGCAUCAUCAUCAUCAUCACCAUCACCACCAUGUGCAGCAACAGCAGCAGCAGCAACAACAACAUCACCAUCAUCAUCAACAACAGCAACAUCACCAGCAACACCAACUUCAACCGCUACCCAGCUACGAAACAAUGACCUCUCUGUCAGGCUCGGGAGCAGGUGUUCUAAGGCAGCACGAGCUUGCAUACGGUGAACAUCAUCUUGAAGCACAUUACGGCCCUACAAAUGGCCACCCACACCAUCAUCACCCACAUCAACAACAUCACCACCAACCCCACCAUCAGCAUCAUCUUCACAACAACGGUGGGACAGCUAAUGGGGGCUCUUCCUUCCUGUACGACGCUUCUCCUGCAACACUAGAUGGCAGCACCAGCUCAGCCUCCCCCUUCGACGGUCUCUCCCAGCAGCAGCAGCAGCAGCAGCAGCAACAACAACAACACCAGCAACAACCGUCACCCUUCGAGCAACAGCAACACUCCUUACACGCACCUCACCAGCAUCACUUCCAGCAACACGAUUUGCAACUCGGUGAAUCAACUCUCGUAGGACAUCAGGGCGCCAUCAUCGGUAUGACGUCACCGGCAGGAGCCAACUGCACCGGUGCACCUGAUCGAGAUGAGACCCCAGGUGGUGCCGUCACCGGAGGAAAAGCGCCACCGGGUGGGAACAGCAACACGGCGGGCAACAACGUCGCAAACGCGCUGAACAACAACCUCGUGAGUAAUUGCGGCACUAAUGGCGGUCAUCAUCAUCAAGCUGGCUCCAAUGGCGGCAUCAUCAUUAGCAGCUCGGAAGCGGGCCACGUGGAGGCGGGUGGUGGAGGGCCUGUCUUAACGGUCAACGUAAAUUUAAGCCAGCUGCACCACCACGGGGGUGGUGGUAACGCCUCCAGCAAUAACAAUAACAACAACGAGCUAAAUAGCGCGAUUAACAACAACAACAACAAUAAUAACAGCACAAACAAUAACAACAACCUGCACGGGAUUAGCUCGAAGGGAUACGUACUCGAAGGGAAGAAGGGUGGGGUAGGGAGCCGCACCCAACCCCCUCACCAACCACAACCUUCUGCUCCUCAACAACCCACACAGCAACCCCACUUCGCGGACUCGUACGGACUGCCACAGUACACGAGCGUCAUCGUGGAGUCGUCGACGUCAUCAUCUUCGGCGGUGGCAUCGACGGCGCCGUCAGGAAGCUCGACGGCACCGUCGGGUGGCUCAAAUGCGGCCACCCACGAGUUUGUAUCGCAGCAGUGCACGUGA